CAGACGGACGGAUGUACCUUUAACUGGAAACGGGCACCGCCCACCGCAGCUAGCUUCUGUUCAUCGCUGCUAUUACGACCAAAAACAGCUCACACAUCUGGCUAGAUUACAAGUUCCUGUGCCUGAGUGUGUGUUCUCCAGGCUGUGAUGGCAGCAGUGGGAGCCCAGGGGCCAGGGGCCACUGACUGUGUGACCAAGGUGGUUAUGAGCGUCUCUUGCGAGAAUCUGCUGGACAUGGAUGCAUUCUCAAAGUCGGACCCUCUGUGUGUGCUUCUCAUGAACACUUCAGGACCCCACUGGACUGAGAUUGGCCGGACGGAGAAAAUCAACAACUCCCUUAAUCCCAAGUUUGCCAAGACUUUUGUCAUCGACUACUACUUUGAGAUGGUGCAGAAGCUGAGGUUUGAAGUGUACGACAUCGACAGCGAAAACUGCAAUCUGCAAGAUGCUGACUUCCUGGGAGAACUGGAGUGUACCUUAGGACAGAUUGUGUCCUCGAAGACACUAACAAGACCACUUCUUCGGAAGAACAAGACACCUGCAGGGAAAGGAACCAUUACUAUAUGUGCAGAAGAAAGGACAGACAACAGGGUGGUGCAAUUUGAAGCUGCAGCUAGAAAACUGGAUAAAAAGGAUUUUUUUGGCAAGUCCGACCCUUUCCUGGAAUUCUACAAGCAGACAGAAACCGGAUGGCAACUGGCUCACAGGACAGAGGUGGUGAAAAACAACCUAAACCCAACAUGGAGACCAUUCAGAAUCCCUGUGCAGUUACUCUGUGGAGGUGAUGUGGAGAAGUCUAUAAAGGUGGAUUGUUACGACUACAACAACAGCGGAUCUCACGACUUUAUAGGAUCCUUCCAGACCACACUCUCCCAAAUACAGCAGGCAUCACAGACAUAUGCAGCCGAGUUUGAGUGCAUCAAUAGUAAGAAGAAACAGAAGAAGAAAGGAUACAAAAACUCUGGUGUUGUCAUUGUAAAAAAGUGCCAGAUAGUGAAGGAGUAUACGUUUCUGGAUUACAUAAUGGGCGGCUGUCAGAUUAACUUCACUAUUGCUAUUGAUUUCACCGGCUCCAACGGGGACCCCAAGUCCCCCAUGUCCCUCCACUACAUCAGUCCUCAGGGCUAUAACGAAUACCUGGCAGCUAUCUGGGCUGUGGGGAACGUUAUCCAGGACUAUGACAGUGACAAGAUGUUUCCUGCAUUUGGAUUUGGAGCCCAGAUCCCUCCUACAAUGCAGGUCAGCCACGAGUUUCCCAUCAACUUCAACCCCUCAAAUCCCUUUUGUGCAGGUAUAGAGGGUGUGGUCCACGCCUACCAGCAGUGUCUGCCCCAGUUGAAGCUUUACGGCCCCACAAACUUUUCCCCCAUCAUCAACCACGUUGCCCAAUUUGGCAGGCAAGCCAUGCAGCAGCAGACUGCCUCUCAAUACUUUGUUCUCCUCAUCAUCACUGAUGGAGUGAUCACAGACAUGGAUCAGACACGCAGUGCCAUCGUCAACGCCUCCCGUCUGCCCAUGUCCAUCAUCAUUGUCGGAGUAGGGGGCGCAGACUUCAGCGCCAUGGAGUUCCUGGAUGGAGACGACGGGAAUUUACGCUCUGCUACCGGCGAGGCUGCCAUGCGGGACAUUGUGCAGUUUGUGCCAUUCAGGCAGUUCCAAAAUUGCCCGCAGGAAAUGCUUGCUCAGAGCGUCUUGGCAGAAGUGCCAGGCCAGGUGACGAGCUUCUUCAAUACCAUGAGACUGAGACCACCCCAUGAGACCACACCGGUCACUGACCACUCAGCGUCAGCCCCUCCUGUGGAUGUAUCCUGAGGACUUGCUUUUCUCCUGAGUAUGCCAACUCCAAAUGCCCAAUUAUAACCCAAACUCUUGCAUGGCGAGCAUGCAACAUCCAGUCAUGUUAUGAGUUGUAAAUACUAUGUAACAUUACUAUAAAGCCAUAGUUAACAAUCCUAAUAUUUGCUAGCAUGUCCUUAACACUGAUAUUUAAUGACUCAAGUGCCAGGAUUGUUAACAAUUUAAGUAAUAUCUUGUUUUAUUGAUCUGCACAGUUUUCUUAAUUACCAGUAACUUGUGACACAAGCUCUUUGUUUUUUGUGGAACAUUUGAGGCAGCUAAUAACAGCCAUCUCAUUUGUCUGUCAUAAUGUCUACAUGAAACAGCUGAAGCUAAUGUGUUCUCCAUAUCUUUUCCUCCAGUCUACAUAUUGCAAUGAUCACUUGUUUGUUGGUUUUCAGACUUUCAUGUUUCUCUGGGAAAUUUUAUUUUUAUUGAAACAUAGAUCUUGAACAAAUAUAUGGCUGUACCAAAUACAGUGAAGCCAAGUUUACAAAAUAUAUCCACAUAUAAUGGAUUAAUACAUUUGUUUAAAUUACUAUAUUUUGUAGAUUUUACACUACAAAGGCUAUUAUGUUGUGUCCUUGCUGCUGUUUUCUACUAAAGUCAGUUUCUGUUUUUAUACUGAAUAUCACAUUUGAUUUGACUUACUGUUUGGUGCUUCCCUAUGGGUGUUAAACAUGGAGAAUCCCUAGAAUUAAUUAUCACCAGUAACAGUGGUGAGCUUGGUAAAAUGCACGUUUACACAAAUGUACAUUAGAGAAAAAGAGGUAGUACAACUUCUAAUUUUACUAACUUUCAUAAAAAUGGUCUAAUACAUUCACUAUACAUGUAUAUGUAUUUGUGUUAGUUAUUUGCACCAAUCACUGUGGCUUUGCCUUAUGUAAUAAACUUUUACUGAUUUUAUCCGUAUUUUAUGUAAAUAUGAUGAUUUCCAGUGCAAGAAAAAAGUGUACUUAAUCUACAGAAAAACCAGCUUCCACUUCAAUAUUCGUAAAAUUAUUACACAAUUUGAAAGAUUUGUGUUGUUUGUCCUCCUGUCUGCAUCUCAUGACAUUAAAGAAAUACUAUGUGUAUUUUCACAAA